AUGUCAUGUAUUAUAGAUUUGCAAAUUAUUAAUGGAAUACAACAAAGUUUUUCUGAUUAUUAUACAGUUGAGUCUAUCAAUAAAACAGAGAACGAAACUAUAUCGGGAAAUGGUAACUAUUACAUUCAUGAUGCAGUGUUUUCUUUCCAUUAUCAAAAAACAGCAAUUUACCUUAAUUCCAGCAGCAAAGUAUUACUCGAAACAUGCACAUUUUACAAUAACGGCUCCACAAAAAGUGGUGGGUCAUUCUACAUCAAGGAAUCUGAAUCUGUUUUAGUUCAAAUUUGUUGUUAUAAUUCAGUAACUAGUGAAUGGGGUGGUGCAUAUUACAUUGAAACAGUUGUUAAUAGUAACAACAAAAACUACGCAUUUGAAUGCUCAGUUUCGCAAUGUAGAGGAAACAUUGCUUCUCUUUAUCAUUUGAGAGGAGAUAUCAAAGUAAGUAAUAUAAAUUCAUCUUAUCAUGAAUUUCCUGCAUAUGCUGGUUACUUAAUUCAUUCUCCAAAAGAAACUGGAAUUAUUAAUUUCACAACAGCAUCGAAUACAUCAUCUACAGGUUUUUAUGGUGGAAUAGGAAAUACUGGUAAUUUUAACAUUAUAAAAUGUAAUUUUUUAAAGGAAUAA